AUGAGAUCUCAAUUUAAAGACGAACAUCCUUUUGGUAAGUACUUAAAUCCACAGGUUUUUUUUUCUAAUGAUUUAAUACUAACAUUUUUCAUUUAGAAAAAAGACAAGCAGAAGCAGCUAGAAUUGCUCAAAGAUUUAAAGAUAGAAUUCCCGUUAUUUGUGAAAAGGUUGAAAAUUCAGAUAUUCCAGAAAUUGAUAAACGUAAAUAUUUAGUACCUGUUGAUUUAACAGUUGGACAAUUUGUAUAUGUAAUUAGAAAAAGAAUUAAAUUACCAAGUGAAAAGGCUAUUUUUAUAUUUGUUAAUGAUAUUUUACCUCCAACUGCUGCUUUAAUUAGUACAAUUUAUGAUGAACAUAAAGAUGAAGAUGGAUUUUUAUAUGUUUUAUAUUCUGGAGAAAAUACUUUUGGUUCGGAAAAAGUUAAAUUAGAUUUAUCAACAUUAGAUUAUGAUAAUAUUCCUAAUGAUAUUUGA